UUUCCUUCCCGGUUGACAAAUGGGGCGCACCUCGUUGCACGGGAAAACAUGGCAGUCCCCUUGCGCCGGUUACACCACGUUUCGCUCCAUGUUUCUAAUGGGCAGAAAUUAGUCUACGACCUUGUCUCCAAAUACAAGUUUAAUUUGUUUGCUACCAGACUGACUGACAGGUCCAAGCAGGUGGCCUUCCGGAAUGGAGCGGCUGUCUUCGUUGUUAAUGAGCGACCCAUUCAGGGCAGUGCGGGUUUGAAUGAAUGGCUGCAGCUUGGAGGGAACGAUAAUCACUCCGCUGAUGCUCACCGGGUCAACUUUGAGAACCACAAGCGGAGUAAUCCAUCGUGUCUGUACGAUGUCCACCUGCACCACCCGGUGGACUCUGUUAGUAACGUGUGUUUCGAGGUGGAGGAUGUGGAAAGGUCGUUCAAGGUGCUCCGUCAUCUGGGCUGCAACUUCCUUGUGCCUCCCACUACACUUGAGGACGAGAAUGGUCUCGUCACUUAUUCCGUGGUUAAAUCGAUCGUGGGAAAUGUGUGCCAUACAUUGAUUGACAAGACAAAAUAUAGAGGGACCUUUUUGCCUGGGUUUAAUGUCACUGAAAAGGACUGGAGCUUGGAAAAGGAGAACUUGUCUUGUCCAGUUACCCAUUUUGAUCACAUCACUUAUGCCAGUCCCAGGAAGUCAACCCAACAGGUCAUGAGGUGGUAUGAGAAGCUUUUUGGCUUUCAAAGAUUUUUCAUUGAUAGUGAUGAAGAUGUGGAUGAAGGUUUUGUAGUAAAUCAGGAAGGAGUUGGACUUCGACUCACUGCCAUGCAGUACUGGAAGUGCAGCAAAGCCGGCAUCACUCUUCCCUUUACGGACAAGAAAGAGCCUGACUGCAAAUUUGUCAUCGCAGAAUCACUUCCUCAUCAAGGACGUAACCAGGUGGACACCUUCUUGGAGCAGCACAGAGCGGCGGGCAUCCAGCACGUCGCACUGUACACCAAAAACAUUGUCUCUGCUGCACACACAAUGGCUAAAGCUGGAGUUCAUUUUUUCUCCCCUCCUCCUGCCUAUUACACAGAGGUUGGGAAACGGCGGGAAAUAGAGGAGGCAGGACACGAUCCCCAGAUGCUUUCAGAGCACGGCAUUCUUAUGGACACAGACCUGCAGCAGGAUCCAUCAUCUCAGAAAGAAUGCAGUGAAAACAGAAGGUGGGACAUAAUCGAGAACCUGCAGCCUCCCUGUUUAUUCUCAUACGAUAUCUCCUCCAGGUGUUUACAAAGCCCCUCUUUGCUGAGGACACUUUCUUCCUGGAGCUGAUAGAGCGCAGAGGGGCGACAGGCUUCGGUGAGGGGAACAUCCGGGCCCUGUGGAGGUCCGUGCAGGCAUACAUGGAGAACGAGAGGAGGGAUUCUCAGGGAGAGACUGUGCAAUCUGUUCAGCAAUGACCGCUCCAUGUUUUUCUAGAAGCUUUAUUUAUUGCACUUGUGUUUUAUAUAUAAUGUAUUGCACUUACACUGGAAGUAAAGAAGCUAAAAGAAAUGUUUAAAAAUAGUUACGAAGUUCCACACUUCUGAUGGUGUUAAUAGCGUUUCUUGAACAUAACCAGACUGAUAAAAAAAUGUUUUAAAUGUGCCUGUGUUAUACUUGAAGUUCUAAAACACUUUAGUUGCCGUGCUGUUCUCACUGGAUCAACGCAAAUCAAGUGAAUUGAAAACAUCUGUAUCUGAAUAAAUCUUUUUCUCCCUGACA